CCGGACGAGGGGGGUUAAAACUUCCGAAAGACAGAAUGAAGACAACACCGACGAUACCCUCUUAAAAAUCUUGAAUUUACACCCUUCUCUUUCUUCCCCCACUGCAAAGCCAUGUCCGGCACCUCCGCUCCUUCUCGCAAGGGUCUGAGCAAGAUCGCUUGCAAUCGCCUCCAGAAGGAGCUCGCAGAAUGGCAGGUUAAUCCACCAUCAGGAUUCAACCACAAAGUCACUGAUAAUCUCCAAAGAUGGGUAAUUGAAGUCAACGGUGUACCGGGGACUUUGUACUCGAAUGAGACUUUCCAGCUUCAGGUUGACUUUCCUGAGCAUUACCCCAUGGAGGCUCCACAGGUUAUUUUUCUUGCUCCGGCUCCACUUCACCCUCACAUUUAUAGCAACGGCCAUAUCUGUUUAGAUAUUUUGUAUGAUUCUUGGUCUCCAGCAAUGACUGUUAGUUCCAUCUGCAUCAGCAUUCUCUCCAUGUUGUCAAGCUCCACUGUUAAGCAACGUCCUACGGACAAUGAUCGCUAUGUGAAGAACUGUAGGAAAUCUCCCAAGGAGACACGAUGGUGGUUCCACGACGAUAAAGUGUAGUAAUAUGAAUGAAUGAUCGGUCACAAGAACUGUAGGAAAUCUCCCAAGAAGAUUUGCAUUUCAACAGUGUUAACGGCCGUUGGGGAGUGAAACAAACAUUUUAAAACAGCUUCUGCUGUGGCAGUGGCUGGGUGUAUUUGUAAAUUAGUGAUGUUCUCUUCCCGGGAAUGUAUGUGAAACCCAAAGCAGGCUGGUGUUAUUUAUGUUAGAGCAACUUCAGCGGCGUGUUAUAAUAGCUGUUUAAGUUAAAUUAGAGCAAGAUUUCUAAAAAAUUCUUCAACGAUCUGCCAAAGUUUAUGCCAAAUUAUAGCGUUGUCAAGCAUUUUACCAAA